AUGGCACUGCUCACCCACCUUCUGGCCUGUGCCUUCGGCAUGGGCUCCUGGGUGGCCAUCAACGGGCUGUGGGUGGAGGUGCCACUGCUGGUGACGGUGCUGCCGGAGCAGUGGUACCUCCCCUCCUACAUCACCAUCAUCAUCCAGAUGGCCAACGUGGGACCACUCUUCGUCACCCUCAUGAAUCGCUUUCGGCCUGGCUUGCUGAAGGAGGUGGCUGUCAUCUAUGUGAUCGUGUCCGUGGGUGUCAUGGCCUGCUUGCUCCUGGCUUUCCUCUGGAACCACACGUCCAUCAUUGCUGGGACAUCCCACAGCAUCUCCUUCCUAAUCCUUACCUUCUUCCUGGCCCUGGUGGACUGCACCUCCUCUGUCACCUUCCUGCCCUUCAUGAUGCAGCUGCAGCCCCAGUACACGAACACCUUCUUCAUAGGUGAAGGGCUAAGUGGGCUGAUCCCUUCUCUCAUUGCCCUGGGCCAGGGCUCUGGUAUCUCCACCUGCACCAAUGUCAGCUACGAAGUCAACAGAACUACUGGCAACGAGACCGUGGAGAGCACCAUCUUCCAUCUGGAGACACACUACCUCCCACCCAACUUCUCCACCCUCAUCUUUUUCCUGCUCAUGACUGCGAUGAUGCUGACCUGCUUGCUGGCCUUCUUCUUCCUCACCCGGCAGCCCAAGGUGUGGGAGCUCUCCCAGCAGCACCUCUUUCCCAGCCAUAUUGUGCUGAGCUCAUUUGACCAGAUCCUUGAUGAGGGAGCUGACUCGCACCUCAGCAGAGGCUGCUCAUGCCCAAAGGAUCCCAAGGGACCUGGGGACAUCCUGCCGCAGAAGGUCUCCUACUCCCUAACCCAGCUCACCCUCAUCUACCUCCUCAUCGCCUGGGUGAGCGCCCUGACAAACGGGGUCCUGCCAUCCGUGCAGUCCUACUCCUGCCUCCCCUACGGGCACACCACCUACCACCUGGCAGCCACGCUCAGCUCCAUGGCCAACCCCCUGGCCUGCAUCGUGGCCAUGUUCCUGCCCAGCAGGUCCCUGACCCUGAUGGUCCUCCUCACUAUGGCAGGGACAGGCUUUGGUGCCUACAACAUGGCCAUUGCAGUGAUGAGUCCCUGCCCGCUCCUCCAGCAGUCCCAUUGGGGCGAUGUCAUCAUCGUCCUCUCCUGGGUGCUGUUCACGGGGACGCUCUCCUACAUGAAGGUGAUGGCCGGGGUGAUCCUGCGGAGCCGCAGCCGCAGCGCGCUGGUGUGGUACGGGGUGCUGGAGCAGCUGGGCUCCCUCCUGGGGGCGCUGCUCAUGUUCCCCCUUGUCAACGUCUAUGGCCUUUUCAAAUCUGCUGACUACUGCAACCUGCCGUGCCCAGCAUGA